AUGAUAGAGAAUGCCUACCAAGAGGAGGAGGCCUUUUGGAAGGCGAAAAGUAAGAACACGUGGCUGCAAGUAGGAGACAAAAACACAAGAGUGUUCCAUGGUUGGGUAGAAACAAGGAGGAUGAAGAAUAGAGUACAAUCGCUAUUGAACGAGAAUGGAGUGGAACAUUAUGAGGAAGAGCAGAAAGGCGAGAUAGCGGUGCAGUACUUUCAGAACCUCUUUAGCUCCUCUGGUUCUCAAAAUGCAGAUAGAUUGCUGGAAGGAAUGCUCCCCCGGGUGACGGACAGGAUGAAUAGUGGCUUGAUCAAACCAGUUACAGAGGCAGAGAUUAAACGUGCUGUUAAAGCAAUCAAGAGUGAUAGUGCUCCAGGGAUCGAUGGAAUGACUGGACAAUUUUUUCAGAAGUAUUGGUCGGUAACUGGUGCACAAGUAACGAAAGAGGUGAAGGGUUUCUUCGAGACGGGAGUGGUAACCAACGCAAAGAAGAUGCAAGAUUUAAGGCCCAUCAGUUUGUGCUCAGUUGUUUACAAGAUCAUAUCGAAAGUAUUGAGCAAUAGACUGAAGCUAAUUCUGCCUAAGAUUGUGUCACCUACACAAGGAGCCUUUGUAGCAGGUAGACUUAUCUCCGACAAUCUUCUUAUUGCUCAUGAGAUGAUUCACGGCCUCAAGACGAAUCCAAACUGCAAGGAAGACUUUAUAGCCAUAAAGACAGAUAUGUCUAAAGCUUAUGACAGAGUUGAGUGGGAUUUUCUUGAGACUCUGUUUUUGAAGACGGGCUUUGACAGAAAGUGGAUCGACUGGGUGAUGAACUGCAUUAGAUCGGUGACGUACACAGUGUUGAUGAAUGGAGAGUCAUUUGGGCAUAUAACACCGGAGAGAGGUAUUAGACAAGGAGAUCCCCUAUCUCCUUUUCUAUUUAUUCUCUGUGCUGAAGCCUUAGUCCAUGUGAUGAACCGCGCAGAGCAGAACGACCUCCUUACUGGCAUGAAACUGACGAGGAACUGCCCUUCUAUCCAGCACCUCUUAUUUGCUGAUGAUAGUCUGUUCCUAUGCAGAGCUAGUCUACGAGAAUGCACUGAGUUUCUGAAAUGCUUGAAAUUGUAUGAAGACUCGUCGGGGCAGAUUAUAAACUUCCAGAAAUCAGCCAUCACCUUUGGAGCGGCUAUCGAUCCCACGAUGAAGAGACUUCUUGCAGAGAUAUUGCAUAUUGAUAAUGAGGGAGGUGAUGGAAAGUAUUUGGGUUUGCCUGAGUGCUUUAGUGGUUCGAAACAGCAGUUAGUUGCGUUCAUUGGUGAGAAACUUAACAAGAGAUUACGAGGAUGGUUUGCCAAAAAGCUUUCCCUUGGUGGAAAGGAGGUACUACUCAAAUCUAUUGCUAUGGCUCUUCCAGUUUAUGCGAUGUCUUGCUUCAGAUUGACCAAGCAUCAUUGUCAGAAAAUAAUGAGUGCGAUGGCUAGCUUUUGGUGGGAUGAAGAUGGAGAAAAGAAAAAGAUUCACUGGAUUGCUUGGAAGAAAGUUUGUGUACCAAAGGAUCAAGGGGGCUUAGGUUUCAGAGAUAUUGAAGACUUUAAUCAAGCCUUACUUGCAAAGCAAGCAUGGAAACUGUAUAAUGAACCUGAAAGCUUGCUGGCGAAGGUAUAUAAGGGUAGAUACUACGCUUCGUCGAACAUCUUAGAGUGUGGUAAAGGUUAUAGACCAUCAUACGCCUGGCGCAGUAUCUUGUUUGGCAGAGAGCUACUGUUAAAGGGUUUAAUCAGGUCCAUUGGGGAUGGUAAGGAGACGCUGGUAUGGGGUGAUAAGUGGAUUCUCGAUGAGGUGCCACGAAGACCAGUGAACAAGCAACUCUUAUAUGAUGUCAAGCUUAGAGUUGAUGAGCUGAUAGGAAAUGAUGGUAAAUGGCGGAUUGAAACCUUAACAGAGCUAUUCCCACCAAAUGAUGCAGAGCGCAUUAAGCAGAUGGCGAUUGGGGGAGUUCAGGAUAGGUACGUAUGGGCGUAUACUAAGUCAGAGGGCUAUACAGUCAAGAGUGGGAGUUGGUUGGCGACGAAAUCUCAGAUAGGCAAUCGUGGACGAGAAGAUGAACCUGCAGUGCUAGCGUUUAAGAAAAAGAUUUGGAAACUGCCCACUCUUCCAAAGAUCCGUAUGUUCUUAUGGCGUGCAGUAUCAGGAGCACUGGCAGUGGCAGAACGACUUACAGCACACGGGAUGCCAGUUGAUACUAUCUGCAAAUUAUGUCAACAAGGCGAGGAGACGAUUGCACAUGUGCUCUUCCAUUGUACUAAAGCACGUGAUUUGUGGCGGGAGUUUCACAUUGCACCUGAACAGCAGUUUCCUGAUCUUUCAUUAGUGGAAUUAUUGGAAAGCUGUUUGAAACUAAUGCAAGAAGGAGCUUUGAGCAAAGAACGCCGACAAGCGCUCCCUUGGAUGCUAUGGGCAAUAUGGAAGAACAUGAAUAGCUUAUUAUACGCAGAGACACAAGAAUCAAUAGCGGUGUUGAUGCGUCGGGCUUUAGAGGAGGCGUCUCUAUGGUACGAGGUGAACAAAGGAGUGAGUGGAGAAGAGCAAACAGCAUUACACAUGGGAGUACUGCAAAGCUGGACACCUCCUGCACAAGGUAUGAUCAAAUGCAAUUUCCAUGCGAAUUGGAGGAGUGAUAGGUACCAUGUAGGAGGAGCUUGGAUUACUAGGAACUAUAAUGGUGAGGUUGGAAUGCAUGCUAGAGAUGCCUUGACUCCCAAUUCAGACAAGUUAUCUGCUGAUAUGUAUUGCUUGUUAUGGGUAUUGAAGAGUUUGCGUGAUCUGAGAAUAGAGGAAGUGCAUAUAGGAACAGAUUCACAGGAACUGUAUGAUGCUAUUCAGAAACCUUAUCGUUGGCCGCGGUAUAGAGGACUACUUCAGCAAAUCACUACGAUAUGCUCAGAGUUUGUAGGGAUUGAAUUUGAAGUGGAAUCUGUUCAGUCAAAUAAGGUGGCACGAGAGAUCUCUAGAAGUGUACUACGGGAUGGAUGUUUUCAAUCAUAUUUGGCGAUGGGAGGACCGUCAUGGCUUCAUAAUAUCAUUAAGACUGAAGGUGCUAUGGUGAUCUCUUAA